AUGGAUCUCCAGUUUCACUCAUGUUUUCUGAUGGAUAUAGUUUUGAUAAUUUGCUUGUUUUGGAUUCGCCAAGUUGCAGCCUUUCCUUCGGGCGCCCCUCUGUCAGCAUGUGGUCAUCUGAUGCCGGUCCAUGUUGAUGGAGAGCUACAAAACUCCGCGUCCCCCUACAUGCUCAUCCUAAACGACACCACAUAUGGAACCCAACCUCUGAAGCUGACAGUUUCGGCGACCGGGGCUGGGGCACGUGACUUCAUGGCUUUCAUGCUACAAGCGAGGUCAGAGUUCGGGCAACCUGCGGGCUACUUUGCCAACGUGCCCCCGGCCUCGAAAACAUUGACUUGCUACGAGAAGGACGACACCUUGACCCACACAGCGGCCUUCAUCAGAUCCACCAUGGAGGUCUUGUGGUACCCGCCCAGCAAGAACAUCGGCAAGAUCUCUAUCAC